UUGAAUUUCUCACUCGUUCAUUCGCUGCGCCCCGUGUUGGUCGCUGCAGUUGUCUCUAGUUCCCGAAACUGUUUGAUAACGCGUCGUCGAGUUUGGUGAUAAAGUAAUUUCUCAAAUUCUUGAAUCGAACUGGUACAUACAAUGAACUGAGACUCUCUACCAUCAUCUCGCCAUGUGUAAUUCGUGCCGAUAGCUCAAAAUGUGAGGACUUACAAUAACAUUUUCGUUCGGUUACUCAGGGGUUACAAAUUUCACUCAGGCGGUGUAAACUGCUUGUUGAAGUUCUCGGUGAUUGCGAAGUUUGUGUCAACUAACUAUGCAACAAUGUGGGUUUUGUUCAAUGCUAUCUGGGCUGGUGAGCCGAGCCAUGUGUGUCGGCAGCAGACGCGGCAGCAGCGACUCUUACUACCGUGAGCUGGGCGAGCAGGACACACUGAAAAUCGAUGACAAGUCUUCGCUGUCCCUGGAGGAGUCUGAAGAACCCGGAAAUGAGGUCCUCGUGCGUGAGGACUCCAUGGAGCUGUGCUCGCGGGUGCCGGACAUCUGCAUCGGCAAGUUCCUCAGCAUGCACCGCCGGCGGAAGAAGAGGCUCGUCACGCGGUCUCUGCUCCGCGAGACGGCCUUGCUUGAUGACCUGCAGCCCGCCGUAGUGCAGUGCAUCCUUGAUCAGUCGGUGCAGUGGCGAUUCAAUGCAUUUACUUUAGAAAACGUCUCAGGGGGUCGCUGCCUGCCGGUGCUGUGCAUCCACCUGUUCCACGUGUACGGGCUGCUGGACCACUUCAAGCUGGACGUGGCGAAGGCAUGGAAGCUGUUCAGCCUCAUCGAGGAGGGCUACCACAGCAGCAACCCGUACCACAACUCGGUUCACGCUGCUGACGUCACGCAGGCCAUGCAUUGCUUCUUGCAGCAGAAGCGGAUACGUGAUCAUCUGGAGCCGGUGGAGGUCAUGGCGUCUCUGAUCGCGGCCAUCGCUCACGACGUGGACCACCCCGGGGUCAACCAGCCAUUCCUCAUCGCCACCUCCAACCAUCUGGCCGCUUUGUACCAGAACACGUCAGUCCUGGAGAACCACCACUGGCGGGCCGCCAUCAGCUGUCUCAUGCAGAGCAGCCUCCUCGCCCACAUCAAGGACGUGGAGAAGAAGCUCCAGGACCAGAUCAGCGCGCUCAUCCUCGCGACCGACAUCACCAGGCAGCAGGAGUAUCUCAGCCAGUUUAAGGCUCACAUGGACGCGGACACUCUGGACCUGACGCUCGCGUCGCACCGGCUGUUGGUGCUGCAGAUCGCGCUCAAGUGCGCCGACAUCUCCAACCCGUGCCGCCCGUGGGACAUCAGCCGCAAGUGGAGCCUCAAGGUGUGCGAGGAGUUCUUCCGCCAGGGCGACUACGAGCGCAGGUUGAACUUGCCUGUGACCGCGCUGUGCGACCGCCACACCACCUCCAUACCCAAGAUACAGACAGGAUUCUUUACAUACGUGGUGACUCCGCUCAUAUCGGAGUGGCACCGCUUCCUGCAGACGGAGCUGUCGUCGCAGAUGCUGCAGAACCUGCUGUACAACAAGGCCAAGUGGGACACCCUGCUGGCGCAGGAGCUGGCCGAGGAGACCGCCACGGACGUGUCCGACGCCGAGCUCGCGGACGACGAGUUGACCGCGUCCGCCACGCAGCUGUCGGACAGCGCCGAGCUGCUGCUGCCGCGCCGCGCCUCGCUGCACUCGCGCCAGCCCGGCCUCAAGCAGCAGAUCCGCCGCUUCUCCGUGCCGCUCAACGUGUUCCAGGACUGCAAAUGGCGCCGCGACCGCAGCGCCGGUGCGUCACUCAGCCGCGUGGGCAGCGAGCAGUCCGUGCACUCGCAGCUGGCGCUGGACGGCCGCAGCGCGCGCCCCGCCGGCCCCGAGCGCCUGCUGCUCGAGUCCUCCAUCGCGUCCAUCACCACUCCGCGCGAGGCCGAGCGUCUGGGCGCCGUGCUGCACGACCCCGCCUGGCGCCUCGUCCGCCAGCAGACCUUCCCGCCGCACGAGCCGGCCCGCCGCGCGCCGCGCAAGCUGCACACCAGCAACACCGACGUCGGACAGAAGACCGCCAAGGAAGGCCGCUUCACUAACAUAUUCAAGAAGCACACGGAAAGGGUUGCUAGCGUCGAAUCCACUGAGAUUAAGAUUGUUGAGAAGGAGAGCUCAGUAGAGAAGGUGGGCGGGCGCCGCGAAUCCGCGCCGGUGGGCAGCCAGCUGCGCAGCAACCUGCAGGCGCAGGCGGCGCUGCAGCCCGACCUGCUGCGCCGCAGGAAGUCCAUGCCGGCCGACACGCAGGCCACCGUGCCGAAGGAGAAGAAGAUGCGCGAGGUGGCGGCGGCGCUGCCGGAGCUGCUGCGUCGCACACUCUCCAGCAAGGAGGCCUGGGGCAGGCGCCGCGGCUCCGCGCCCGCGCCCGCCGGCGGGGACCUGCGCCGCAAGCCCGGGCCCAUCACCUCCUGCCACCAGUGGCUGGCCAAGACCACGUACUCGAUGCACGAACGCUCGCUCAACCUGCCGCGCCGCAGCUCCUUGCCCGUUGAGGUGCUUACAGGUGCUAAUACACAGGCUGACGCAGCUUUUUUUUACUUUGUUUUUACAUUUAUCGUCACGGGAUUAUCACAGUUUUUUAAAAGUAAUCAAAUGAAAAUCAUUUUUUGUCACCACUUAACAUGGGUACGCCCUCGUACUGAAGACCAGAAGCCGGAAGAAGUACGCGAGAGCUCAUUCGCUGACGAGGCAAAGGAAAUAAAUGACAACUAA